GGGUUGGAAAUCGAACCGAAACGGACAUUAAUUAUUAUAAAUAUACAAACUGUUGAUUUCAGUUAAAUGUGCAAACUGUAGACUGUCACCUUUGCAGAUUUGGUUCGAUUCCCGUCUGAUACGAUACAUUUUUUUAAAAAUACUGUCGCGGAAUCAAAUACCUUUUACCACUAUUAUUAUUUAAUUAAUUACUCGUUCCCAGUAUAUCUUUAUCGCUUUUUCCCUCUACUUAUUUCGCCUCCUAAUAAUGUUGGUGGGCGGCCAGCCCCUCCGAACUACGCCGAAGAGAGUAGGGCGGAAGGCCUUCUCUAGCUUUCUUUUAGCAAUAGUGGGAAUGGGUGGGAGGUGGUAGUUGGCGAGAGAUAGAGGAGACAGACAGACCGACGAAUUUAAGAUUUAAAAAAGUGAAAAAUUAUCAGUGAAAUGUUUAUUCCGUAGUAUUUGUCAGGGAAAUCACAGACAAUACAUUGAUUAAAUAUUGACAAGCGAUUUAUGGCGGAGAUCUGUUCAAUACAUGGUUCUAGAGUAAAUAAUACAAAUUGUAAAACAUGCAAUGCAAUAUUAUUGUUUCCACAGAAUAUUUAAAUGUUUUCUAAACAACGGUAGUAUAAUUUUAUUAUUGUCUUUUGGCAAUAUCAUGCUUGUAUGUUGUUCACCCUAAACAUGGAAUAGUUGCACGUGUACGUCUGUGAGUACGCUUAAAUUUGGCGUACCAUAAGCAAUCGUUUGUUGGGGUUGGGUUGCAUGGGUCGAAUUUACGUGUUUUUCUUCUCUUGUUGUAGCAGUGUGGUAUAACUGUAAUAACUGAGUAAAAGUAGGCACCAAGUUUCGUAUUGUUUUGAUUACUGCGUUAUUAUUAUAUUUGGAGAAGCGAAAACUGGCGAAAAGUGUCGGGUUAUGAUCGUACAAUAAUAAUAAUAAUAGUAGAGUAAUGUGUGAUGCGGUAUGAUGUUGUACGGUUGAGUGAAGGGGCAGGCUGUCAGGGUGUGUGCAAUUACGUCAUUCGCGCAGACUUGAGACGCGCAGAGCCUAUUGGUCGAUAGAGCCAGUCUCACACGUGAUUACGGUUAUCUGAACGUGUGCACGGGUGGUGUCCGUAGAACAUAACAGUGCUUAAGUAUUUCAAUUGUCAGGUGGAAAUAAAUUAGAGUAACAAAAGUCUUUCAUCAUUUUUCUUAAAACAAUUUUUCGUCCGUCUUUGAUUACUGAAGCAUAUAAUUUACGUUAAUUAUUCUUAAUACAAAAAGGAAACACGGCGUUGUUACCGUACUGAGGAUGAGUUUAAAUACCCUUUUGGAAGCAGCCCGUUAUCUAGAAAUACAAGAACAAAGACAAAUCCAACAAUUAAAUCAGUUACAGGAGCUGCAGAAAACCACCAUAGAUAUUAUUUCUCCCGCAAUUAGUUGCUCUCCAUCAUCGUCAACCCCCAGUUGUCCUCAACGAUCAAUAUCAACAACUCCGUCAUUACCAACCGUCGGAUUACGGAACGUUGAAGACAGUGCUAAUGUAGUGCAUCAAAAUGGACAUAUUUCAAGAAUCAUUCACAACAGUUUCGAUAUUAUCAAUCCUUUAGUAAUUGACGAGGGUGGGGAACCUAAACGCAAACAACCACCUCUUGUUUUUAGAGCUGGAACACGAGAAGUACACAAUAAAUUGGAAAAAAAUCGAAGGGCACAUCUUAAAGAAUGUUUCGAUUUAUUGAAAAGGCAACUUCCUGCACAAGCAGAAGAAAAAAAAACUUCAAAUUUAAGCAUAUUACAUUCGGCCUUACGCUAUAUUCACAUUUUAAGAAGAAAAGAACGAGAUUUAGAACACGAAAUGGAAAGAUUGGCACGUGAAAAAAUAUCAGCUCAGCAAAAACUUGCUAUUUUGAAAAGAGACAUAACAGCACAUUGUGAUAAUAGUACGGAUUUAGGUGCAAUACUGGUUGAAACUAAUCAUCAAGCUGUGGAAGGCACAGAAUCUGGCAGUGCUCUUGUCGAUACACCCGGGAUUUCUACAGAGAUUGUUACUAUUACGAAAUUAUCAGAUGACAUGCAUUCUGACACAAUUAAUGCAGCUAAUAAUAAUAACAAUAACAAUAAUAAUAAUAAUAACAGUAUUGAGAGAUUCAGUAAAGUUAACGUCCGAAAAUACAGUGCCGGUGAUGAAAAUAUAAUUAUCAACGAAAGAAUAUCAUGCUUUCCUCAGUCUAAAGAAAGACAGUCGAUGUUGGCGUCCCAAAAGCCCCAUGUAACAACGUCCAAUUUAACAGCAGUAAUGACACCAAUCAGCAGAGUAGAAAAGGUAAAGCCACUUUUAUGCGGAUCCAUACAAAGCCUAAGCGAAAACGACGCGAAUUCCCAUCAACAGCAACAACAACAACAGCAUUGUUCUUCUAUUGCACCAUCACAAAUACAAACAUCUGUUCAAUCCCAUCAACAGGCUCUACAGGGUACUGCUGCACUGUCUGUGUUACCAGUGGCAGGAUACCCUCCAGGACUUGUUUUGCACAAGGUUGCCUUGGUUCCUAAGGGUAUAGCCGAUCUAACCCCCCUUGCAGCAGUGUCAAGUCCGGUUGCUCAUUUUAUUACUACAUCCCAACAACUAAAUGGAAAGGUUUUACCGUUAGUGAAUGCCCAAUACGUCGUUAAACCGGUUGUGGUAAUGACAUCUUCUCCAUCCAUCACUCCUAGAUCGUCUAGUUAGCCAUAGAAAGGAAUAAAUGCAUUGAUUUAAUUUUCUUCGUCUUUGCCGGUGAUGACGUCGUGAGAUAGAUGUAUUGUCUUUUAAGAUUGUUGCUUGUAAAAUUGUACAUUAACAAGCAGAGUUAGUAAAAAGUACCCAAAUUGAGAAGAUUGCUGCUUCGAUGCCGAAGGUCAGUGCUAGCUUCCUUUAGUAAAUAAUAAAAAUGACUAGUGUAGCAAUGGGUUAGGACCGAGGUCGCUUUAGCCAAGAAAAAUCUAAAUCUGUUUGAUAAUUGUAUUUGACAAUCAAAGACUUGAAACGAAAAGUUGUGGAAUUUUUUUUGUUGUAAAAAGUCAUACAAAGAAAACAUACAUACAGAUAAAAAGAUAAUCCUGAAAAUAGAACGAAUAUCAAUCGAAUUUGUGUAACUGUUGUACAUAGAGUUAGUUAAGGAUGGACAAAUGACAUUAAAUUAUUAUUGGUCUUUUUUUAUUUGUAAGUUUAACAAAAUAAAGACAUAUACCCACA